GGUCGAAGUUGUGGCGGGCUCUAGCUCCCGCCUUAGUGGGCGGAGUUGUGCUGUGUCCGGUGAGCGGUUCCCUCUCUCGCGUCGGGAGCAGAAUCCUUAGAGGCUAAGCCUGGCGGAUGGGCGGGAGAAAGGGUCGCUUUCCGCGAGGCGUUCCCGUUUUGCUCCUGGGCAGUUAUCCUCACGUAUCUGGUUCCGGGCGCUGCGUUCUGCCGCGCUAGGAAGUUGAGCGGACCGUGGCAGCGAGACGUUGCCUGCGGAGGCCUCGGCUGGACGCCUGGGAGUUGCAGCAUCCAGAGGGUGACAUGCCGUCUGCCAAGCAGCUAGCUGACAUUGGCUACAAGACCUUCUCUGUCUCCAUGAUGCUCCUCACUGUGUACGGGGGCUAUCUCUGCAGUGUUCGAGCUUACUACUAUCUCCAGCAGCGCAGCUCCCGGCGCCAGGCUGCAGAAGAACAGAAGACCUCAGGAGUCCUGUAGAACUGAGAGACUUUUUCCCCUGAGAGGCCUGAGCCAUGCUGUGGAAGGACAUCACCAGCUAUAAUUUCUAAGUCAAGAAGACUAGGGCCUUGAUGGUUUUCAAAUCCUGCUGGAAGAAAGUGCCCAUGGUUUCUCUGGUACUGCCAGUUUGUGCCAAUUUGACACAGUUUGUGGAGGCUCUUGAAUCAUAAUAGGAAUGUGAGGGUGAGAAACAUCUCCAGACAUUAAAUAUUUUGCCAUGUCUA